CGCGCCGAGGAGUUCAUUUAAAUCACGGUUAAAGUUUGCGCACUGUUACGGAUUACUUGUUCACGCUGGAAAACUAAAUCGAUGUCAAUGAAAAAGGAAUAGGCUGUGGCAUUGUCUAAUUAAGGAAUACAAAUGUUGUGCCUACGAGAAUCCGGAGACUGCCUUAGGGAGCAGAUGCAGUACAUGAUGAGGUCACUGCAGGACCUGAAGCAGAUUCGAGGGGGUUGCGCUCUCCCCAGCCGCCCCCUUGCACCAGCGCGGCCAUGCCAACAGAGGGUGCUCCACCGGGAGCGACUGACACGUCUGCGGGUCUCGGAGGCGAGCGACGCCAGCACCUACGACUCUGCCUGCUGCCUGGCCAGCCCCGUGGAGGAAGAGGAGGAAGACGAGGUGGAAGGAGGGGGCAGCCGGCUAGCGCUGGGCUCCCCCAGCAGCGAGAAGAGCCUGGAUUUUGAUUCUGGGUACUCUGAGGCAUCCUGGCAGGAUGAGGGGGUAGUGCUUCGGCGCACCAGGAACGUCCGGGUCUCCUCCAGUGCCUGUCUCCGGACCAACCGCGGCCCCGGCGGCCGCGUGCGCCCCAAAUCCACCUCGGACGCUUGCCUGGAGCGCUGGACCUCCUUCGAGGCCAGCGACCCUGAGGACUGGACCACCUCUCUGCUGACCCGCGGGCGGAACCGGCAGCCCCUGGUGCUGGGGGACAACAGCUUCGCUGACCUCAUCGAGAACUGGAUGGACCUGCCGGACUGUCCCGACCCUGCGGAGCUCAAACCGAGCCAGGGCCGUCGCGCGGCCAAGGACUUCUUGGUUAACCUGCGGCGGAAGCUGGUGGGAAUGUCUAAGAGCAUGGAAUGUCGGCCAAAAUCAGACCCCAUGCGGGGGAGCAGGACUGACAGGACUGCUGCUGCCCCCAAGCGCCUCUCCUGCCCCGUGGGCUUCCAUUCGCGGACGCCCUUCUUCCACCAGUCCCACACGGGCCUACAUGAACUGGGCACAGACUUCUACCAGUUCACCGCCCUCAUGAAGACGGGCAGCCGGCAGCCAAUCAUCUGCAACGACAUCAUUGGGUACAUCUGACUGAUGUCACCUCAAUGACAACAGAUUUUUCCGUUGUGCAUGGACACUUUUGUAAAGUGUUAUUUUAUUUUUACAUCCGGUAUA